UAAUCAUUAUUCACAGCUGUAGUAUGAAUGACCUGUAGUUUAUAUAGUGGAAGCGAAAGCAGCCUCAGAAGUGGAUAUCAAACUAGUAGCCCUUCACAUUAGUCCGUACCUGAGAGGUAGCUCUUUCAAAAUGAUUGGCAAGUAUAUCACUCUUGUAUUUUUUUUUAAUAAUCAAUCCCAGAUAAACAGUAAUGGUGGGGAACCAAUAUACAAUAUCAGAUUUGAUUAACUGAUGCAAUAGAAUAAUCAGUUCUGGAAAUAUUCAAUAGUGACAGCUCUAAUAAUUGAAUCUGAACUGGGGCUCUAACAUGACAUAUUUGAAAAGUAGGUGGCAGAUAUCUGAAGAUGUCAUAUACGUACAGUGCAUUGGGAUGAUCGUCAACGUGCUUCCUUCCCCCCCUCACAUUGUGUUAGGAAAUACAGUACUGUGCUGUAGAGUACUCUGCUCAGCUUUCAUUCUGUACUUCACCAGUCUGUGAGAGUUAUGAAGGAUUUAUACUUUGUGUCUCACAACCAGUGAUACUGCAACGCUUUUGUGACAGACGACGUAGCAGGUUAUAAAACCAACACCAAAAGAGCAAAUUGCAGGUAGUGUCCUUUGAGCCCCUCCUCCAUUGAGUCCCCACCUGCGGUCUCUCACCGGUCUCACCUUACAGCCGUCCUACUGACACAGACACCGCACGCUGACAUGGAACCAGCCUACCGGGGUCUGGGUCGCUGCGUCUGUUGUUUCUGGCUCGCCGUGGCCUUCGACGUCUUGGGACUGCUCGUCCUUCUCAUCGGGGUGUUCGUCAAUGUAUUUUUCUACGACCUACUCAUCUACGCCGGUGCCAUUGUCAUCUUCCUUAGCCUCAUUUGGUGGGUGUUUUGGUACUCCGGCAACAUUGAGGUCCUCUCCGCAGAACUUGAGGAUGACGUGGGCCUGGUAAAGAAGGACAAGGGCGCUCUGGGUGGCAUCAGCGUGGUGGUCCGGCGGCUGUCCACCCGUGUGUACAGCGGCAUCAGGAAUUCUUUGCGCAGGAACGGAGGCGCGCAGAGACAUGUGCCUCUUCGGUGGAGUGGAAUGAUGCAGCGAUGCCACCCACAGCAACAGAGACUUUCCCGACAUAAUGGAAGGGAAGACCAGUGGUGAGGACUUUGCCAUGACUGUAUUAUCAAUCAAUUAUUUUGUAGUAACUAUAAUUUUAGAAUCACAACGUGACCAUAGUGCAUUUUUUUAAAAAGUGUAGUAAUUUAGCAUUUUGUAUAUACGAUUUACAAUCAUAUCAAAAUAUUAGGGAUGGUCGAGUAUCAAUAGGAGAUAAUUGUAUUGAGCGAUACCAGUUUUAUUUGAAGGUAUCAGGUACUUGUGAAGGCUACUGAUCCCAGCCAUUGAGAGUUACAGGCCAAAAAAAAAAAUCAGACAUUGACAGUAGAGUGCACUACUCUGCAGCAGUUUGACACAUCACUAAAUCAUAUGCUGUAGGGGGAAAAAAUAAUUACUGUAUAGAAAUUGUAUUUAUCAAAAGCAUUAUUCAGUGCUCUGUAUCAGUAUUUGCAUAGCUGGUCGUGCAACCCCACCACAACUUUUUUUUUUUAAUCUGUUUUCAGUUCAAAUUGGUGGUAAUCAAUCACUUUCUGCCCACUGAAGUAUUCCAGUACCUAUUACUUAAAAACAUGUGUCACAUAUAUGCUGUACAUGUAUUAUGUGCUUUUCCACUGUAAUUUAGUACAGCCUUUUCUGUAACAGCAGACGUUUUCCUCUUAUUGCGAUAAAAUCAAAAGUGGGUCACCCAUUUUCGACAAGUUGAAGUUAAAAAAAUAUGGCUCAUUGCCUCAUAAUUGCGCCUAGAGAUUCUUUCCAUUAAAGUUGGGCACAAAAUCGGUGACUAAAAGGGCAAACCCCACAGGACUCCCUGAGAUACACGGUCGAACGCCUUCUCCGAGUCCACAAAACACAUGUAGACUGGUUGGUUGAACUCUCAUGCAACCUCAAGUACCCUGCUGAGGGUGAAGAGCUGGUUCACUGUUCCACGGCCAGUACAAAAACCAAAUUGCUCCUCCUGAAUCUGAAAUUGGGUUUCACGACGGACCCUCCUCUCCAGCACCCCUGAAUAGACCUGAAUCUGAAAUUGGGUUUCACCAUGGACCCUCCUCUCCAGCACCCCUGAAUAGACCUUACCCUGGAAGCUGAGCAGUGUGAUCCCCCUGUAGUUGGAACACACCCUCUAGAACCCCUUCUUAAAAAGGAACGACCACCCCAGUCCGCCAAUCCAGAGGCAUUGUCCCCGAUGUCCAUGCGAUAUUGCAGAGGCAUAUCAUCCAGGACAGCCACACAACAUCCAGAGCCUUUAGGAGCUCCGGGCGACUCUCAUCCAACCCCAGGGCCCAGCCACCUCGGGGAUCUCAAACCCCUAAGAUAGAAGAUCCUACCUCAGAGAACCCAGAUUCUGCUUACUCAUGAGAAGGUGUGUCGUUGGAAUUGAGGAGGUCUUAGAAGUAUUCUCCCCACCAACUCAAAACAUCCCGAGGAGAGGUCAGCAGUGAACCAUUCUCACUAUACGAAGUGUUGGCGGUGCACUGCUUACCCCUUCUGAGACUCCGGACAGUGCACCAGGAUUUCCUUGAAGCUGUCUUAAAGUUGUUCUCCAUGGCCUCACCAAACUACUCCCACGCUUUGGCUUCUGGCUCAGUGACCACCAAAGCUGCAUUCCACCUGGCCAGCCGGAGGAGGUGGGAGUUAAAACUGGCAGGAUAAUCUGCCACCCGUUCCCAACAGACCCUCACAAUACUUUUGGGCCUGCCACGCCGGACUGGCAUCUUCCCCACCAACAGAGCUAACGCACCACUUGGUGGUGAUCAGUUGAUAGCUCCACCCUUCUCUUCAACUGAGUGCCCAAGACAUGUGGCCGCAAGUCUGAUGACACGACAACAAAGUCGAUCAUCGGACUGCAACCUAGGGUGUCCUGGUGCCAAAUUUGGACACCCUUAUCCCUCAGCAUGUGUUCAUUAUGGAUAAUCCGUGAUGAGCACAAAAGUCCGGUAACAGAACACUACUUGGGUUCUGAUCCAAGGGGUUUUUCUUCCCAAUCACCCCCUUCCAGGUCUCACUGUCAUUGCCCGUGUGGACAUUGAAGUCAACCAGUAGAAUGAUCAAGUCCCCAGAGGGAGCGUUCUCCAACCUCUCAAGAGGACUGGUACCCGAGCCCAAGCGGUGGGUAGAGGCGAGUCCAACUUUAUCUCUUCGGAACUUCUCGACCUCACACACCAGCUCGGGGUAACUUCCCUGCCAGAGAGAUGACAUUCCAUGUUCCUAGAGCUAAUUUCUGGAGUGGGGGAUCAGAUAGCCAAGGUCCCCGCCUAUGGCUCCUACCCAGCUCACAUUGCACCCGACCCCUGUGGCCACUCACACAUGUAGUGAGCUCCUGGGAAGGGGCCCAAUAUCACCCUUUCGUGCUGUUCCCAGCUGAGCCCCAUGGGUGCAUGCCCGGCCACCAGGCGCUCGCCUUCGAGCCCCACCUCCAGGCCUGGCUCCAGAGGGGGGCCCCGGUGACCCACAUCCAGGCAAGGGAAACCAAGAUCCAAUUUUUGUAGUCAUCAUAGGGGAUUUUGGAGUCGUACUUUGUCUGGUCUCUCACCUAGGACCUGUUUGACAUGGGUGACCCUACUAGGGGCGUGAAGCCCUAGACAAUUUAGCUCCUAGGAUCAUCGGGACACACAAACCCCUUCACCACGAUAAGGUGACUGGUCAAGGAGGGGACCAAAUAUCACACCUUCACUAAUGUAUUAUCAACACUGAAGUAUUAACACAACCCGGUAUGGGUUUUAUUUUUAAAGAUAAUAUAUUACACUGUUGUAAUAAAGACAGUAUUAUCAUCUCUUAACCAAUCUUUUCGUGUGCGUGUGUGUGUGGGGGGGGGGGGGGGGCU